AUCAUGAACCUGGGCGCAGAUCGGGACGAGCCCUGUCCCCUCCCGAGGGGCCGACCCCAGCACGCACUUCAGAUAACAUCACGUACCGUGUCCGAGUAUGACGGAGGCCCCUGACAGAUUCGGGUCAGAAGACGACUCUUCUACCGCCGCCAGCGGCCGGCCGGUGCGCCGCCGACUCGGCGGAGACCAUAGUGGCGCACUUGCGACGACGGACGUGCAGUGCAGCGCGCCGCAAAACGACGCACCCCGCCCGCGUCGGGCAACGGAGCCCAUGAACGGAAUAAUCGUUUCGCUGCUGGUCGUUGUUGCUGCUGCCCCGUCGGUUGCCGAGCAGCCGCCCGAUGGCUCAGCAGUGCAGCCGACAGAUGUCAGCACCAUCGGUCCGACUGACGCUCGGAGGUUCCGGUCACCUCGUGACACCAACUCUCUCAUCAGCCAGAUGGCAGAGCUGGGUGGUUUCACAGAGACGCUGUCUGAAGCCAGGCCCGUAUCAAUCACAACGGACGUCACAAGUUCUACGGCGGAUCAGUCAGCGAAACCGUCUCUGUUUGAUACCAUGCCGAAUCGAGGCGCGUCGAUGUUUCCCGUGACAAUAUCUCCUGUGACUCUCGACGAUCAGUAUGGACCACCGAGUGUGCCGUUCGCCGUGGCAGACGCUACUUACGGGACCAGCAGCUCCAGUGAUCAGCUGGUGACGUUGAUCCAGCGCUACCUCAGCGAGCGGACCAGGUCAGGCGCGGCCACCUCUUCCGCCGCGAGUGGUGGGACGAGCGCCACCAGAGCGGCUAGCUCGCCAGCGCCAUCUACACUAUACCAGCAGCCUGUUUCUCAGAGCCCCGUGCAGGCGGCGCCACCCGUGACUACCGCACAGCCUAUCACUCUCAGCUCGAGUUACGGGCUGCCACCACGAGACCCUCUGCCGAUCUAUGCCGCCCCGCUGCAGGUUCAGACUGUGACAGUGACGAGUGUUGCCUCCCCGGUGACGUCAUAUGUCGUCCAGCCGCCGGCCGCUGCCCCGGUCACCGUCCCGGCGCCGGCGGCGGCCCCGGCGCCGUCCUACACUCGUCCGCAGGCGGCUCCAGUGGUCACCUAUACCUACACGGUGCAGCCACCGGCCGCGGCGGCUCCAGUUCAGACCUACGUCUCUGCUCCGGUCCAGACAACUGCCGUUCAGCAGCAGCAGGCCGUCCCGCAGCCGAGUCUCGUCCUGCCAGCCCCGGUCGGCGCCUAUCUACUACAGAGCCCCGCCGCUGCCACGCCCGUGUCCCAGUCUUACUCCACGCCACUCCGGAACCCGCUGGUCACACCACAGCUGACCUACAUCACUCCGUACGGCAUCGACUCCGGCCGGCGUCAACGGGACCGGGAGAGGGACCAGGAGGACGACUCAGGUGUGGUUAUCUCCCUGGGCGACGCCUCGAUCCAGCUGGGGGGAAGGUCCGGCACGAGUAUCAGACUGAACGGAGGACUGAGUUCUGAGCGGCCCCGGGACAGCACCGGGUCGGGCAGCAGCAUUACCAUCAUAGCUGGAGGAGCGGCAGCUAGAGAUCCACCAGCUCCUAUAGGACCACUGGCUCCCAGCAGGGGCUACUCCACCCCCAGAGAUCCACCGAGAGAUCCACCGUCCUCGUACUCUGCUCCUCUCAGGGACCCACCGGCGUCUUAUUCCGCCCCACUAAGGGAUCCUCCAUCUUCUUACUCCCCUCCCAGGGAUCCUCCAUCGUCCUAUACCGCCCCACAGAGGGACCCACCCGCGUCCUAUUCCGCCCCGCUGAGGGAUCCGCCAUCCUCAUACUCUCCUCCCAGGGAUCCUCCGUCCUCAUACGCCCCUCCCAGGGAUCCUCCAUCGUCUUAUUCUUCUCCCAGGGAUCCUCCAACUUCUUACGGCGGUGGCAGAAACUCUGACCAGCCCGGAUGGAACCCCAUCAGCAGCGAUCCUCCCAGCGCCUCCCCAGCCUCUGAUGAUGACGUUGCCGACGAUGACGACACCUAUACCUCAUAUGAGGGACAAACGCGCACUUUCCCAUCUUCAGACGCGCCAGUGGGACGCACAGGGAUAAGAGAUGCGGUGAGGGAUCCUCCAGGACCGGCGCCGCCACCAAGGACGUACGGAGCGCCCCCUAGGGAUCCACCAAGUUCGAUGUAUGGAGCGCCACCCGCAAGGGAUCCACCAAGUUCAACAUAUGGUGCACCACCGGCUAGGGAUCCACCAAGCUCAUCAUACGGAGCGCCACCGGCAAGAGACCCACCGUCCCCACCACCGAGAACCUACGGUGCUCCCCCGAGAGACCCUCCGAGCCCGAUGUACGGCGCUCCGCCAGCGCAGGACCCACCAGCACCAGCACCGAUGUACGGAGCUCCACCGGCAGACGCUCCCCGUGACCCACCCUCGUCGUCGUACGGAGCGCCAGCUCGUGACCCACCAGCGGCGGCGCCGCCAGUGCCGGCCACCCCCGUCCAGCUGGUACAGGCCGUGCCGGUGGCCGUGUUCAGUCCCCGUCCUCGUCCUAGGCCCCGCAAGAAGCCGCACCACCACCACAAGGGCCCACCGAGGGGACGUCUGGUGAAAGACACCAUCAUCCGAGAGGUGUCCCGUCCGGUCCGACCAAGAGCGCCGCCGUUCCCGGGUAGAAGACCGGCGGCAACGCCUCAGCUUUUCCUGGCAACCGUUCCUCAGAACACACAGACCUUCACUUUGUCAUCUCCUGUGCGGAACCCGCCGGCCAGUCCUCCAUCCUCGUACGGCGCUCCGAGGAGUCCCGCCGCCGACCCGCCGUCUCCCUCCUAUGGCGCUCCUCAGCGGAGUCCCGGCGCACGCUCCGCCCCGCCCGUCGGCGUGGUGCGGGACACCCUCGUGCGCGAGGUCCUCUACGACCAGUUCAAAGACGACUACGCGAAGCUUUUCUACAAGGGCGCGCUGCUGAUCGGAGCACUGGCGCUGCUGCCGGCUGCCGCCACAGUACCGCUGGCAGCUGGUCGCCGCAGGAGGUCCCUGUUCGACGCCGAGGUGGCUGCCGGCGCUGAGCUGCCCGCCGAGCUGCGGCGCCAGCUGGGAGCUGCGCUGCCGGAGCUGGCACAGCUCGACACCUCGGAGUGUCUGCAGCGGGAGCUGUGCCGCGCACUGCGCCAGGUGGAGGCGUCCCCAUACCGCGACAGCUUUCUGCUCUACUACGCAGUGCUGUCCCCGGAUGUCGGCGAGAACCCGUGGAUGCAGCAGGCUCUAACUGCGGCCAGGAAGAGAACCUGUUCCGACUUCUACUGUCAGUCUGCACCGUCAACUCCGGCAGCGAACCACACGAUCGCAGAUAACCCGUCACCUGAUCACGCGACCUAUACUAAUGCAACGGCCGGUAGACCAUCUAUAACAAACGUCAGCUCAGCUUUUAACGUCACGAUCAACAGCGGUUACAAAAGCGAAGCAAAUGGCACAACUGUGAACAUGGAGACUGGUCCAUUUAACGAUGGCAGAACAGACAAUUGGCCGUGAUAAACAUUGUUGUUUGUGUUAUGUCUUUGUUGCAUGUUAUUUGUAAAUAUUUUGUUGGAUAUCAGGUCACGCCAUAUGUAAGGAAACAGUAAGUGUAGGUUCUUCGUUUGAAGUUUAUGAAGACAUGUUGUUGUCAAUGUUAAUGCUUAAAAGUAUGCAGUAUGCACAAUCAUGCUGGAUAUGGAUACUCGACUCAUUUGUUAUAAAUGUUAUGUCGAGGACGGUCCAAAAGUCUAAACAUUGCAAGGUGUAAGAUUCGCAUUGCUCUUAUUUUGUAAUGGCAUCUGAUACCCUGUAAAAAGUAUUGUGAGUUGACAUGUUUCAUUAACCCGCGCCCCGCUGGGGGGGGGGGGCAGAAUCUGACCCCCUCCCGUUUUUCGGUAAUAACUUCUAAACGCGUUACGCCAGUGCAGCGACGUGAAACUUUAAGUACCUUAUCAUACAUCAAUUUGACACAAUCCCUGAAAAUUUGAGCGACAUCCGUUGGAAUUUUUUUGAGAAAUUGACGUUUUAGUGACGUCAUGUUCGCCAUUUUUCGCCUC